GAAGCAUGGACCAAGGGCGGACAGAGGAGUGGGCAGCAAAGCUGGCUCUGUUGAAGUGCUAAUGUUUAUUCUAGGACUUGGGACUUCUGCGUCCUGAACUCGUGAGACAGGACAAGGUGCCCUGCCCCUCCCACUGCACCGAGCAGAGCCAGGCGGAAGUGGCCACUGCCCUGGGCUCAGGCCACAGGAGCACACUCCAGGCUGCGGAACACCUCUACCUGCCUCUACUUCUCUGCUUUGCCAGUCUCUACCACUUAACCCUGUCCUUGACCCCUAAGGUGCCGGCACGUCCUCAUGGUGGGCAGCGUGUGGGCAGCUCUGGGGCUCACCCUGACCUGCAUUUCCGCCCUCAGUCUUGUCUCCCCGGCCUGGCUGCAGACCCCCAAUUUCUCCUUUGGCAUCCUCACCUACUGCUCCUCACCUCAGGACAAUUGGAACCAGAGCUGUGAGACUUUCGGGUCCCUGCAGGAUAUUCCUGAUUUUGCCUGGAAGGUCUCGGUUGUGAUGCUCCUUGGAGGCUGGCUCCUGUUGGCCUUCAAUGCCCUUCUCCUCCUGUCCUGGGCCUUUGCUCCCAAGGGGCUGUGCCACAGGAGGGGCGGUGGCCCCAUGCCAGGAGUGCAGGCAGCAGCAGCCAGCACCAUUCUGGGCCUGCUGGUUUUCCCCAUCAGCCUGGCCUCCCCGUUUGCCAAGGAAGCCUGCGAGACCUCCUCCCUGUACUAUGCAGGGAAGUGCCAGCUGGGCUGGGGUUAUGUGACAGCGAUCCUCAAUGCAGUCCUGUCCAGCCUCCUGCCCAUGAUGAGAUGGCCCCAAAAGACCACGGUCCAGGGAAGGGUCAUUGUCUUCUCCAGAGACUCAGAGAAAAUCGUCCUUAUGCCAGAAAUGGACACAUGAAAAUCUCCCAGAAGAGCAGGACGAGCCCAGGCUACAUGAGAUCACCACACAGCCAUGUCCACCCCCCACCGUCAUCACCGCUUCCUUGCCGUGUGACCUCAUGGGAGUCGCUUCCCUUCUUGGGACACAUUAUUUUCUCUUUUAUAACCUGGAAGUUGAAAGAAUGCCUACCUCAUAGGGCUGUUGGGAGAAUUCAUCGGAGACAUUUCUGUACAUAGAGCACGUUGAAUCAUGUCUGACAUAUAAUGCUCAAUCAACAUCAACUAUGUGUGUCAUCAGAGGACGGUGGGCAGGGGGAUUAAAUGUACUAAGAAAAAGUGCCAGGGCUGGUGUUGUAGUGUGGCCGGCUAAGCCUCCACCUGUGAUGCGAGCAUCCCAUAUGGGCGCUGGUGCAUGUCCUGCUGCUCCACGUCUGAUCCAGCUCCCUGCUUAGGGCUUGGGAGAGCAGUGGAGGAUGACUCAGGUCCUUGGGCCUCUGCACCCACAUGGGAGACUCCAGAAGGGGCUCCUGGCCUCGGGUCAGCUCAGUUCUGGCUGUUGUGGCGAUUUGGGGAGUGAGCCAGCGGAUGAAUGAUCUCUGCCUCCUCCUUUCUCUUUGCUUUUCAAAUGAAAAUAACUAGGUCUUUUUUUAAAAAGUGUCUAAGACAAAUCUGAACACAUAGUUGGUGUGCAGAUGGUAUGUCUUUUCAUGAAUACUAGGGAAUGUAUGCAUGUUCUUCCUCUCCCCUGCCUUUAGAAUUUUAA